AUGAGCAAUCCGGAACUUGGGAGAAGUGGACCGCCCGACCCGGCUGACGGCGCGUUCCCCGGCGGCGUGCCGAACAAGAAGCUCGAUUUACCCCUCACUAUUGUGUUCAUGAUCCUGUUCAUGCUUGGGGGGUAUGUCCAUCUCAGCAUCUACAGAGCAAACGCAAAGCGUGGUCACAAGUUUCUCCUUUCAGAUAUCAUGGCCGAAUUUUGUAUGCUCCGCACUGUGACAUGCAUCUUCAGGAUAACGUGGUCAAUUGUCACGACGCGUGGUGUUGUUCUCCUGGCAUUGGUCACUGUCAAUGGUGGUGACGCCUUGCUAUUUGCCGUCAACAUCUUCUUUGCCCAGCGCCUUGUCCGUUCAAUCCAUCCCAAAGUAGGGUGGUGCAUGGCCUUUGGACAGUUUACUUUCGUCCUACUCAUAUCCGUCCCAGCGAUCAUUCUCUUCAACAUUGCUUCAUCGAUAACCAGCUUUUUCAGCGUAGGCAACGCUGACCGUCUCGAGUUGACGGAAGAUCUUCUCAAAUUUGGAAGUUCCUGGAGUUUGUGGCUCGCAAUAUUUCCUGUGCUUGUCGUUAGUGGGUGUCUUUGUGUGCCAGGACCCGCGCCAGAGAAGUUUGGUACCGGCUCACUGAGAGUGAAGGUUGCGCUACUUUACGCUGGAGCUUUCCUGUUGAUCACAGGGCAGUCUGUACGUUGGUAUGCCCUGUUCAAUAAGGAGCCACCAGGGACGAAGAGCAUCAUUUACAGCAAGGCGGUAUUCUACACCACAGGCUUCAUGUUCGACAUUUUGGUUAUUGCCCUUUACGCCAUGUUGCGGGUUGACGAGCGGUUUUACAUUCCCGACGGUUCGAGCGGACCAGGGGACUACUCCGGCGACAAGCACAAGGGACAAUACUCCGUAGAGGAGAUUGAGCGGCUUGUUGGCGGCUUGGAGGUGCCACAUCAGAUCAUGCGCGAAAGACAGGGACCAGAGGACAUGAACAUGGUGUUUGCCAUCUUCUUCGCUACCAAGAACAAUAACGGUGAUGGGAAAACGAAGUCCAAACCUUCAGAUGAAACCGUUGCUGGAAGUGACCUCGGGAACCCGGAGUUGCCAGAGAGGCCGAAGAGAAUCACAAGAAGGGAGACGCUCAUGGAUGCCAUCAAGAUGCCGCCGCGUCACUCGAUGGCGUCAGCGGCGUAUCCGGACAUUCCGGGCACAUACAAAAAGACAGGUGGGGGAGGGUAUCCACCCCAGCGUCCACGACGUUCGUCCAUGUCUUCGCAAUUUGAAACCGAGCGGAGUUACGACGUGCGAUACCAGCAGGAUUGGGACGGGUCGCCGCCGUACGGAAACCAAGAAGGGGAUGAGAAAGUUUGA